AAUCAUGGCUGACCAGAGAGACACGAUUUUAAUCACUGGAGAGGAGCUGACACCGGAACAAUUAAUGGUUCUUGGAAAGGGUGGUGCAAUCAUUGAGCUGUCAGCUGAUGCAUUGUCAAGUGUCGAACGAUCGAAGGAGGUCAUAGACGCUAUACUCAAUGACGACACCAGAGUAAUAUAUGGCGUAAACACUGGAUUUGGAGAGCUGAAAUCAGAAGUAAUCCCAAGAAACAAACUUUGUGAGCUACAAGAAAACCUUAUCCGAUCACAUGCAUCUGGAGUAGGAGAGCCGCUGAGUCCUCAAAAGACACGUAUGUUGAUGGCGAUUCGAAUCAAUGUACUGGCCAGAGGAAACAGCGGAAUAUCUGUUGAAACAUUGCAACGUUUCAUAGACGCUUUCAAUAAAUCCCUUUUACCAUACGUACCCGAAAAGGGCACAGUUGGUGCUUGUGGUGACCUGGCGCCGUUGGCACAUCUGUCUCUAGGAAUGAUGGGAGAAGGAGACAUGUGGAACCCAGAUACAGAACAGUUUGGUAAUGCAAAUGAGGUACUGGAAUCGCAUGGACUGCAGGCGAUAGAACUUGGCCCCAAAGAGGGUUUAAGUCUCAUCAAUGGUGCCCAGUUGAUAACAGCCAUUGGAACAUUAGCUUUAGAAAAAGCAAAAGCUAUUGCCAGACAAGCCGAUGUGGUUGCAGCCAUAACUUUGGAUGUGUUUCAAGGCACUAAUGCUGCUUUUGACCAACGUAUCCAUGAUGCAAGACCACAUAUUGGUCAAGUGAAAGUAGCACGCAGAUUUAGAUCGCUCAUCCAUUCCAAGGUGUUUCCUUCCCAGAUAUUUGAGUAUUAUGAGUCACACAAGAAGGUUCAGGACAACUAUUCGCUCAGAUGUAUCCCACAGGUCCAUGGUAUUGCAAAUGACACAAUUGACUUUGUUUCCGGAAUUCUGACUACCGAAAUGAAUUCUUCAACCGACAACCCUUUGGUAUUCAUUAAGGAGAAAGAAAUCAUAUCAGGGGGCAAUUUCCACGGAGAGUAUCCGGCAAAGGCACUGGACUACUUGGCAAUUGGUAUUCAUGAAAUUGCUAAUAUGAGCGAACGUAGAAUAAAUAGAAUGUGUAACCGAAGUAAGUAUGAGAUUCCCGCAUUUCUGGUCAAAGACAGUGGUCUGAAUUCGGGUUUUAUGAUCGCUCAUUGCACUGCUGCGGCUUUAGUGUCUGAAAAUAAAGUCUUGACGCACCCAUCGUCCGUGGAUUCCAUUUCAACCAGUGCUGGGUCUGAAGACCACGUAUCAAUGGGUGGAUUCUCUGCAAGAAAGGCGCUGACCGUGGUAGAACACGUGGAACAAGUUAUUGCCAUUGAACUACUAGCUGCUUGCCAGGGACUUGAAUUCUUGAAGCCUUAUAAGACUACUAAACCAUUACAGGCUGUUUAUGACUUGGUGCGUACAGUGGCUAAACCUUGGGAUAAAGAUCGUUUCAUGGCUCCUGACAUUAAUGCUGUCACAAAACUUCUGCAAGAAGAAAAGGUAUGGGCGUGUGUGGAGCCAUAUAUCCAAGAUUACAAUAAAACUAUGGACGUAAAAGACCACAAAGAGUAGAUGUAUGAAGCGAAGAAGUUAUUGUAAUAUUUUAGUGCUAUAUAAAUAUUGUGCUAAUGUUAAACUUUUUUAUUAAUACAUUCUGUAAUAUAUAUGGCUAAUGCAAUUUUAAAUAAACAGAAAUAUGUUAAUUACAUUGAUCAGAUGUAAAA